CAUUCAUGAUACUUCCACUAUUAAUUUCUCCUAAAUACUUUUAUUCUUAUCCUUGUUUCACUUAAGUUUUAAAGCACAAUUAUUAGGCUUAUAUCCAACAAUUUCAUAUAUGCAGGAACUCUUUAAUGGACGUCAUAGAACCAGUCGUGAAUAUUGUGAAGGAUGUUGUACCUACAGUUAAGAAAUAUUUCAAGUAUCAGAUAUGUCACAAUGAUUAUGUCAAUGAAUUCCAAGAAAUGCAAACACAGUUGAAGCACCGACGGCAAGACGUUGAAAAAGGACUGCAUGCUCAGCUUACGCAGCCUGGGAAGAUUGCAAAGGAAGAAGUUGAAGCUUGGCUAGAGAAAGCAGACCAAGAAACUGCAGAAAAACUGGUUGAAGAUCUAAUCUGCAAAAGGGGCUGUUUCACAUAUAUUUGCUCCUCAAGAAAGCUCGAUAAAAGGACUCAAUCAUUGACUGAAGGAAUAUUUAAGCAAGGAGAAAAGUACACUAGUGCCGAUGAGAGUUUGGUCGUAGAUACUCCCUCAAUUGAGUAUUGGGCAACUGUAUUUGAAGAAAAGCAGGAGAGGCUAAAGCACCAAAAGGAAGACGUUGAAGCAAAUUUGAAGACUCAGCGUAUGCAACCUGGAAAGAUUGCAAGGAAGGAAGUUGAAGAGUGGCUAGAGAAAGCAGGCCAACAGAUUGGCAUAAAGGUUGAAGGUCUGAUCAACCAAGGGGGAUGCUCCUCUCUAUCCAACCUCAGGAGAAAAAUUGAAGAAUUGAGGCAAAUACAUGAGCAAGGAAAAGAAUUCACUAAUGCUGCUGUGAUUUUGGUCAGAGAUGAUCACUCAAUCAAAGGAUUUCCACUUCUCGUUGAAACAUGUAGUGGCAGGGAUGAUAUACAAGAAAAAAUUCUGGAAUGGUUGAAGGGGGACAAGGUUACAAGAAUUGCAGUUUCGGGAAUGGGUGGUGUUGGCAAGACAACAAUUAUGAAGAAUGUCCACAACCAACUUUUCAGAAAAAGAUUGCAAGUAGCUUGAAACUAGAACGAGAGCCAGAUCAUGAGAAUGAAACCAAGCUUGCUGCAUUGAUUUCACAAAGGUUGGGGCAGGGCAGCUUCCUGCUAAUUCUGGAUGAUGUGUGGGAGCCUUUUUCUUUAGAAGAUGUUGGAAUUUCUAAUCCAGUUGGAAAUAAUGGUUGCAAGUUAGUGCUCACGACACGGUCAAAAGAUGUUGCUCGUGCAAUGGAUUGUAAUGUGAUCCAUGUGAACCCUCUUCCACCU